GGCUGUAUAUAAGUGUGGAUGGCUGGCUUUGUGUUUCAGACUGACAAAAGUGGAUGCAGACCUGAUGGACGUAUGAUGGUGAGGGCCACCAUGACCCCUACGGUGACCCUGAAAAGGAGCCCCCCACCAUCCCCCGGACUGCUAAGCAUUGGUCAAUGUGCAGCAUCUACAGGAUGAUUGACAGCUGCUCCUCCUGAACCCAAGGAUGCCUGUGGUGCCAGUGGGCGGGACAUCCUCCUCCCACCAUGUCGUACCUGUUGCCCUCACCUGUUCCUGGCUGUUUCUGCUCUUCCAUGCUGCCUUUGGUCAGAAACCUGCUAAGCUGCCCUUGAUCAACAGGAAGCCCUUCAUUGCAGCCUGGAACGCCCCGUUGGACAUGUGCACCCACAAGUAUAACGUCACCAUAAACCUCAACCGUCUCUUCCAAAUCCACGGGAGCCCACGUGCUGAUUGGACGGGCCAGAAUGUCACCAUCUUCUACGCCAACCGGCUGGGCUACUACCCUCACUACACCCCGCAGGGUACUGCCGUUCACGGCGGCCUACCACAGAACUGCAGCCUGGACCUGCACCUGUUCAAGGCCUACCAGGACAUCAACCACUUCAUCCCUGCAGAGGACUUCCGCGGCCUUGCCGUCAUCGACUGGGAGUUCUGGCGGCCUCAGUGGAGCCGUAACUGGCACAAGAAGGACAUCUACCGGCAAAAGUCAAGGGAACUGGCCACAAAGGCAUACGUGAACGUGACGGCGGCGCAGGUGGAGGAGCUGGCACGCCGGCGGUUUGAGAAAAGUGCCAAGGAGUUCAUGCAGAGGACUAUUCAGCUGGGGACACGCCUUCGCCCCAACGGCCUCUGGGGUUUCUACCUCUACCCUGACUGCCACAACUACAACCUGCAUGAUCAGAACUACACGGGCUUCUGCCCCCUGCUGGAGAGGCUGAGGAACGACGAGCUGCUGUGGCUGUGGAACAGCAGCACAGCGCUCUUCCCCUCAGUGGCAAUCAGGAAAAGUCACAUCAACAGUAUCAGCAACCUGCACUUCACCCAGCACAGGAUCAGAGAGUCGCUUCGUGUUGCCUCGCUGACCUCUAAGGAGUACGACCUCCCAACCUACGUGUACCUAAGGCUGGGAUACCGAGACGAGGCCCUGGCCUUCCUCACCGCAAAAGACUUGAUCCACACAAUUGGAGAGAGCGCUGCUCUGGGAGCUGCAGGAUUUGUCAUCUGGGGCGACAUGAACUUGACCUCAUCCAGGCAUAACUGCACCAAGGUGAAGUCCUUCCUGAGCCACCGUCUGGGUCAAUAUAUCACCAACGUGACACGAGCUGCCGAGGUCUGCAGCGACCUCCUGUGCCAGGGGAAUGGCCGCUGCGUCCGCCGGAACCCCCGUGCCCGCCAUUACCUCCACCUGAGCUCCAAGAGCUACCGCAUUUGGCCCUUAGGUAACGGGGAAUUCACUGUGGCCGGGUGGCACUCUCCAGACGACCUGCAGCUGCUGACCGAGAGGUUUCGCUGCCACUGUUAUGAAGGCCACGAGGGCGAAAGCUGCGACAGCAUCAACAAAGUAAGAGAGGACGACGAACUGUGGAGGGGGGAGGGGCAGGAUGAGCAGGAGAAGAAGAGGACCCAAUGGGAAGUCGAGCAGAAAGACCCAGACAGGGAAGGGAAGAGUGCAGGACCUUCAACCAGCGUCAGCCUUCAUAUGAUGUUACUGAUGCUCCUCUUGAACUUAUCGAUAGUAAAGACAGUCGUAUGACACAUUCUGACAAGAGGAGUAAUGCUUCAACACAGCUGUGUACAGAUGUUACUUUUCCACACAAUCAGUGUGAUGUUUCUGAUUUAGGAGGCAGACUUGAAUCCUGGAUGGUACCUUUCACCCUGUGGACCACCAGCGGCACCCUCUUCAAAACCAAAUGUAGAUCAGGGCUGCAACUAAUUUUUAUAUUAUCAUCACUAAAUCUGAUUAUAGUUUUUAUUCCAAACAAUCAUUUUAGCUGGUUCUAGUCCAAUGAAUCACUGCCUACAUCUCUGAUUUGAUCAGUGAUUCAAAUUCAGUUGAUAUGAACAUUAACUACUCCUAUUUCCAGCAACCACAGCAGUCCAAAAAGCACAGAAGAGAUUGCAUGAAUACGAUGUCCCACCAAAUAGCAGAAUCUAAAUCUACAAUAAAGAUACAAUAAUUUAACAACGCUAAAUGUUAAUGUAAGUUUUCAGUCCAAAUCAAUUCUUCAAACUGCUUAUUCACUGACCAUCGGAGUCUACAGCCUUGUGCUGAGAGGCUAUACUAGCAUGCUAACAAUAACAACGCUAACAGGCUAAUGUUCAGCAGGUAUAGUUACAUGCUAACAUUUGCUAAUUAGCAAUAAACACAAAGUACAGCUGGGUUGAUUUUUCAGGUCAAAAUAUUAAUCAAAGUGUUAUUAAUCUAUCAAUCUAUUGAUCGGAGCUCUGACUGCGUACUGAAACACGGCCCAAUGGUGUAUAUUACCCAUGAUCCCCAGCCACUGAAGCAGGAAGUGCUGUGGCUAUAACAGACACAUCAAACUCUGUCUCUAAUUCUUGAUAUUUUCAAAGUUUCCUGACAGGAUAUCAGAGAUGAAUGCUGUUUUUUUUAAUGACUUCUAAGUAUUUUUAACUGAUCUACAAUUUGGCAAGCAACCAUCACCACCACCUGGAAACAGUCGGUGGCAGAGAAAACUUACAAAUGGCCCUUUUGACGUGCUGCUGAGGUUGCUGCUGAGUUUAAAGUUUAAAAUGAACAACAGCUGUUGUGUUGGAAAGUAACAAAUGUGUAAAUCUGCACUUUACAUGACACAGAGGUUUGGCAUGUUGACAGUUGAAGGUGUGAUUGAUUGUAAUCUGCAUUGCCUUUUUGGCCAACAACUGCAUCAGGUCUUUCCAGGAAUGCUGAUUAAUAAAGUAUGGAAUAUGAACUGUGGAGUUUAGCAAAGAGAAGAUUUGACAUGACGAUCGUCCAGUGUCGAGCUGAGGAUCGGAUCAGAUCUUCACGAUUUAGUAGAAUCACAGUAAAAACCUGGUUCACUGCAGGAUGAUCCUCUAGUUUGUUUGGUGAAGACACAACAGUCAAGCCUCUGAGUAGAAACCAAAGGGUGCUAAUGUACUACCGGACAGCCAUAUGUAGAAAGAUAAUUACUACGAUCUGACGGUUGGCUUGUGAUAUUUUUUAAGACAGACUUUAAAAAAUUACUGUGUAUUUCUGAUGGUAUGAAACCCAUUAAUUUUCUUGACAAUAAGCUGUUAUUUCACUUGAUAUUAUAUAUAAUUUUUGUACUGUUGCUUACAUUAUACACUUAAAAGGUACAGCUUGUCCAUAAACGCCACAUAUUUGAGCCUGCUGGGACACAGCUGGGUGCUAGUGUUUUCAAAAUAUUAUGUAUCCUUCAUUUUUGUGUAUCCUCUAACUAUAGAGGGUCAGGUCUGUCUUUCAAUGAUCAUUAUAGAGGUUAAUGUUACUAUAUCUUGGAGGAAUCAGAUUGACAAGUUUAGUUUUUGAUUUUAUUUCAUCUCAAAGUGGCUGAAAAAGAGCUACGUCUCAGAAGCUGAUGUGAGAUAAUGUAGGUGUGACGAAACACUGAAGAGGAUGUAAAAUAUGGCACAUAGUGUAUCUGAAAACAUGACUCUGCGGUGGUUUUAUGUCUCUUCAAUCGCCUACUUCUUGCCAUAGACUGGUAAAUAAAUAACAACUGAAUGUGUUAGAGGUUACUGGAGAAGCCACAGCAGUUUUUUAAAACCCUGAUAAAGAUAAAAACCAAACACAUCAGAGUCCAGAUAAAGUGUUUGUUGCUGCUUCCAGUUCUUGGUUUGUCUCUGAAACCGCUUUAACUGCGCCAGUCAAAACUUCAAAUGGCCCAUUCACGGUACGAGUUUUUUUAAGUAACCUUGUAUUUGUUCAAAUGCUAAAGUGACUGUUUUAGUUUACUUGACAAAGACCGUCUGUGGUCGUGUGAAUUACGUGUCGUGAUGUGUGUUUGUCAGGAACAAAGGGAGGAAGUUAUAGUGCCACAAAACCUCGAACACCAAACACUCAGAGAGAGCACUGUUUGAGAGGGUGAAAUGAAGAGCAGUCCAUACUUCUACAAAGCAGCUGCUAAAAAUGACAACAUUUCCCAGCUUCCUCUGGGGCUUUCGACCUCAAUCAGCAGAUGAGGUUUGCUCAGUUGUCAUGGAGCUUUAGAUCUAAACUUCUACUUUAAGGUCUCGUUACCUGCACGUUCAACUCUCUGAUUAUACAGAAAGUUUAAAGUUAAUAACUUCUGUGGUUUUUCUGUUUCAGGUAACUGAAAAUUGAAAGUCAGCUCUGUCAGAGAAAAUGGUCUCAGCAGUAAUGACGUCAUCAUCACUGUCAAAAUGGCGACUGCUGAGCUCCUCCUCCAUCCCGGGGUGGAGGUUUCAGUCUGAGAGGUGAGGGGUUGGACGAGGACGACUGCACGAAGGCAGAUGGUGUUCAUUUUCUCAGACAGAGCUGACUUUCAAUUUUCAAUUUCCUGAAACAAAAAACAAGUUACUGACUUCAAACUUUCUGCAGAAUCACCAAAAAGAGUUGAGCUGUAUGUGCUGAUAACAAGAGCUGUUGAACUCAUCUCCUUAGGCCACAAACUCAUCAAUCACCUCUGGAACAAUCCACUCAGUCUGACUGCACCUUUAAGUUUCUCUCAGUGAACAGCAUCAUUGAUUUUUCUUUGGCAGCAACUCACAGAGCUCAGUAAUCAGCAGAAAAAUGCCUGCAGUGAUACUGACUGGAGUUGGCUGACGGGGGGAAAAACGUGCACCAUCAAGUUGGUGGUUUUGGUCGUGUCAUCCCAAACAUGGCGAGUGUCUGUAACUUUAUAGUUAAAUGUGCAGCAUCUGAUCCUGGUUUAAACUGAAUCAGUACUUUCAUCUCAAAGCAGCCUUCAGGUCUGAAGAGUUUUACCUCUCUCAUAAUGAUGCAGCAACUGUUUCCUGCACUUACUGUUGUUUUAAGAUUGUAAACCAAAUAUGCAACAAGGACUAUGCAACACAUGAAAAUGUCACCUGAAUGUAAACGCACUGCAAAUAAACACUUUUCUUCAGUA